AUGGCGACUUGGAUGGAAAAGGAACAAUUUGCGUCCCAAGUGGGCGACGCGGACUUGGAAGCCCAAGCCCCCAACCCCGCGGAAUUUCCCCUGCGGACAAAGGAAGGCAUUAGCUAUUGGAUCGGAGAGCACCAUAUUGACUGGGAUGAUGAAUUCAGAGACCGAAGCCUACCCACUGAAGUGGACGUGGCCAUUAUCGGCAGCGGAAUCACUGGCGCUACAGUGGUCCACGAACUGUGCAAGGCGCGACCUGGCCUCCGAGUCGCCGUCCUGGAAGCUCGCGGAAUCUGUACAGGAGGAACUGGAAGGAAUGGCGGGCACCUUUGCCGACCGGAGGCCUUUGAUAUUCGUGAGCUAGCGGCCACUUUUGGCGUCGAGGAUGCGGUACGACUACGCCAGUUGAUGCUUGUCAACCGGGACAUGACUUUGGAUGUUGUGGCCGAGCUGGGAGUUGCCGAUGAAAUUGACCUUCGCCUAGACGGUACGAUUGUAGUUUUCAAGACGGCGGAACAACGCGAAGCCUACGCGGAAGAUUUGAAAUUUGGCAUCGAACAUGGCCUCCGUCAUGAAGGUUACCUGCUGACCCCUGAGGAGGUCCUUCAAAGAGUAGAUAUUCCACCUACAUUAGCGGAGAACGGAGCUGCUUUCAUCGAAAAGUCGGGGACCUUGUACCCUCGAAAACUAGUCCACGCCAUGCUCAAACACGCGAAGUCGCAAAUGCCCUCUCUAACGCUUCAUCCAUAUGCACCAGUCUCGAAUGUCUCUUAUGAUGCGAACGCUGCAAGCUACAAAUACACAGUAACAACUGGAAAAGGCUCCAUCUCUGCACGCUGCGUCUUCCACGCAACGAAUGCAUACGCUAGCCACCUUCUUCCUCCCUUGAAAGGCACCAAGGGCGUGUUUGCUGCUAAAUGUCAUGUGAUGGCGGUCCAACCGAAUGUUCCCAGUCGACCCGAACUGAAACCUGGAUUCGGGUACGAUGAUAUGUGGCAGUGGAUGAUCCAGAGGAAGAACGGAGGCCUUUUUCUCUACGGCGACUCUACGGCUGAGUUUAUAGGCGAUUUUGACGACUCUGUCACACUUCCCGAGACUCACCCGGUUCGUAAAAAUAUGUUCGACUUUCUCGAGACAAUGUUUCCCAGCUUUUUUGAGAAUAUUGAUUCAAAGGAUGUGACCUAUGACUGGACGGGUAUUCUAGCAUUUACGAACAACGGGGCAAGUAUCGUUGGCAGGCCGUACAAGGAGCGCAAGGGUGAGUUCAUGUCCGUGGGACACAAUGGAGAGGGGAUGACUCGGUGCGUAUCCUGCGCAUCGGCUUUGACAGGGGCUCUGAUUCAAUAUCUGGAUGGGAAUCCGGAGACUUGGGUUGCCCCUACUUGGCUUCCUAUAGGAUUUCGUCGGAAUAUCUGA